GUUCAAAACUCUCGAACCCUGAAAUCGCUCUGCACUUGCAUUGGAAGACUCACAUGUCCCUCCUUUUCUGUGGUUUUGCGUCAUAUCCGCCCAGCUGAACCCGCGAUAGUUCAACUGAAAGUUAGCUCGAGUUGAGUGUUUGUUUGGGGUUGUUCUACUGGAGAAUUGAAUAUUGUUGAAUAUUGAAAAGUUUCUGGUCGAACCGGGUUCAGUUUAUUUUCAGCAAAUAUGUAAGACAACGUGUCUGUAACCAACGUGACGUUUUUUAAAUUGUAGAUUGUUAUGUGCUGGUUGACCAAACUAGCUUGCAUAGCUAACGUUAGUGCUAGUCAGCUAAAACAAACAGGUAACGUUAACGCUACAGAACGUUGCAGAAACUAUUUGUUUACUUACUGAUUGAACUUGUAUCAAGAUUACAUUCAUUGCAAACUUUCUAUCCGUCCGUUUUUGUUGCCUUGAACCACAGUAAAGUUUCCAAACAUUAGCGUUAAUGCUUAUACUGUAUGCCAGUUGAUGGACACACCAUCGCCACGUGAUACACCUGUCAAAACAAUAGUUUUUCAACUAACUAUAGUUCCACUAGUUCCACGACUAUCUAGGAAACUUGGAGGCAUAUGGUUAUCUUGUAACUAUGUCUACGUUAACGGCUGAGCAACAGCGAAAAAUAGAAGAAAACAGACAGCGAGCACUGGCAAGGAGAGCAGAGAGACUAGCUCAGGGUACUCGUCAGCAGGAUACUGGACCAAGCAACGUGAACGCUUGCAGUAGACCACACGCCCCUCGUCCUCCCUCAGGCAACAGUGUAUCAUUAUCCACAGCAGGGCCGUCAGCCACAGUGUAUAGCAGGCCAGUAGAGAAAUGUCAACCCAGUGCGACUACUGCGAGCAAACAGACUAAAUUGAUAGACCCCCUUCCCCUUCAUAAAGGACCAGAAACUCCCCACAGGACAGAGUCUCAUCCCACAAACACUGUCUUUAAAUCUCCACAGUCAAACAGUGCUUCCAUUUUUACACCCCCACAAUCAACAAACAAUUUGGGCUUUAAACCGCCUCAGUCUACAAACACUUCAAAUUUCAAACCACCACCACAGAAUACGAACACUUCAAACUUCAAACCACCAACACAGUCUACAAACUCUUCCAGCUUCAGACCUCCACAGCCUGCCAAGUUGGGUGACGGCUCCUCAGGAGUGUCUGGAGCAGGCUCGAAGGCCGCAAACUUUUACAGUUCUGGGCCUCGCCAGGUGCCGCAAGCCCCUACUGAUGCUGCUGCUGCAGCCUCUGUGUCUCAUGUAUCUGUAGAGAAACAGCCACCCAGACUCCCAGAGCCUGCUGGAGGACCAGCUGUGAAGAAGCCAGCUAUUUCAGUGAGAGGGAGAUGUGUGUCUCACGGUGCAGAGCGCUUCAGAGUGGAGGUCGGCUACCAUGCAGAGCUCAUUGCUGCAUUCAAGAACAUCCCCUCUAGAAACUACGAUCCCGCAACAAAGAUGUGGAACUUUGGUCUGGAGGACUACGGCCAACUGAUGGCGGAAGCUGCCGGCAUCCCCGCGGUGGCCCUGAAACCGCUGGAGGGGAUGGAGGGGCUGGACGUUGCCGUGGCGAGCAGCCGGGCGCGGGACGGGGCAGCGCUCUCGGCGCUGAUGAAGCUCUGUCAGGGCUGGCAGAAGCCUGGCGCCGGCGUCCGCGGGCAGUGCGUCCUCACAAGCCGCUCCCGCUUCGAGGUGGACAUGCCCUACCAUGCCGACGUCAUCGGGGCCUUCAAACAGAUGCCCUCCAGAAACUACGACAUGAAGACCAGGAAAUGGAGUUUCCUGCUGGAGGAUUAUGGGAAACUGAUGGAGGUGCUGAAUGGCAUUUCGUCAGUGGAGGUGGAGCCCUUGCCCAGGGCGGUGGUGCAGAUCCUCUCCUCCCAGUUUGAGAAGAGCGCGUCCCGGGGACCAGGGGCCAGAGAGGCCGCGGAGGCCGACCUGUCAGAGGUGGACUCCACCAUCACCAAGAGCCUCAUGCCCUUCCAGAGAGUGGGCGUCAACUAUGCGGUGUCCAGGGAGGGCCGGCUGCUGCUGGCGGAUGACAUGGGCCUGGGGAAGACGGUGCAGGCCAUCUGCAUCGCCGCCUACUACAGAAGCGAGUGGCCACUGCUGGUCGUGUCGCCGUCCUCCGUGCGCUUCACCUGGGCCGAGGCCUUCCGGCGCUGGCUGCCGUCGAUGGGGGCUGACCGUGUGAACGUGUGUGUGACGGGGAGGGACAGCCUGCGCGGGGGCCUGGUCAACAUCGUCAGCUACGACCUCCUGAGCAAAGUGGACAAGCAGAAGCCCGCAGAGCCCUUCAACGUGCUCAUCAUGGAUGAGUCCCACUUCCUGAAGAACAUGAAGACUGCUCGUUGUCGAGCAGCCCUGCCUCUAUUAAAGGUACUGCAGGGUCUCGAUCAUACUCCUAGCACCAAGAUGAAAGAGAAAGAAGCUCUUCUGGUUUAUUUUAACCACACGGCGGAGGCCAAAAUCCGGGCCAUUAUGGAGUACAUCAUGGACAUGUUGGAGUGCCGGGAGAAGUUCCUGGUGUUCGCCCAUCACAAGCUGGUGCUGGACAGCAUCACCAGAGAACUGGGAGAGAAGGGUGUGAAAUACAUCCGUAUCGACGGUUCUACGCCGUCUGCAGAGCGGCAGCAGCUGUGUGAGCGGUUCCAGUUCUCAGAGAAGAGCUGCGUGGCUGUGCUGUCCAUCACCGCCGCCAAUAUGGGCCUCACGCUCCACGCCGCUGACCUGGUGGUGUUCGCCGAGCUCUUCUGGAACCCGGGGGUGCUGGUUCAGGCGGAGGACCGAGUGCACCGCAUCGGGCAGACCAGUAAUGUGGACAUCCAUUACCUGGUGGCCAAAGGCACCGCGGAUGACCAUCUCUGGCCGAUGAUUCAGGAGAAAAUGAACGUACUGGAGCAGGUGGGACUGUCCGAGGCCAAUAUCUCCGACAGGGCUGAGUGUGCCAGCUUCCACAGCAAGGACCCCAAGCAGAGCACCAUCACAGAGAUGUUCCAGCGCUCGUUUACAGAAGACGAGGUGGACGAGGCGGCUCUGCUGGAGGCCGCGAGCGACUGGGACGACGCAGACGCAGAUAAGGGCAGCAGCGCAGCUCUGAAAGCAGACGACUUCUCCGAGAGCCCCAGCAAGAAGAGACGCUUAGAGCACUACUUCAGUCGGUGAUCCGACCGCAUUAAGACUGCAUAGCAAACUACAUCAGCCGAUGAUCCGACUGCAUUUAGACAGUAAAGAUGACAAAAUCGGCCAAUGACCUGGUUGUAGUUGGACCGUACAGAGGACUGCGUCAGCCAAUGAUUAGUCUUCAGCUUGCCAGCAAUAACACUGCUGAGAUUUCCCUUUUAAAAAGGUGGAUUUGUUUGAUUAUGCUGUUUUGAUUUUGCUUUAUUGUUGUUUGGCUAAAAAUAUGUUAUAAUAAAUAUAUUAUUUUCGUAACUGUUGAACCUUACCAUCAUGACAGAUCACUUGAGAUCUGAGACCACUCUUUGUGUGUGUUGUGAGAGAAAAGCCUGCACAGCUUGAUAAAUAUAAUAAAGAGUGAUUGUUCAGUUUGCCA